AUGCCGCUAGCUCAUAAUCUAAACAAAGUGAGUAAAAACUUAUCCAAGUCCACUGGAUCGAUGCAUAUAAAGGGACGAAAAUUCAAACAAUUGAAUCGAGCAACAGUUCGAGACAAGAAACUCAAACUACAAAAGAUUGAAAGUGUAGAGAGAAAGCUGAAUGAGUUGCUUAUUGUGUCCUUUUUGCAGGAGCAAAUAGCUGACAACGUUGAAAAGCCAACUUACACCUUGUCAGAAAUACAAUCCUUGAUUGAACAGUUUAUCGAUCAAGAUCGUCAACAAUUGGUGCAAGUAAAACAAGAACAUCGAAAGGGUAGGCCGAUUUCGAAUAAACAGAAGUUACUUACUGAGAAAGUGAAACAUGAGGAGCAUUUAUUUGCUACUGGGUAUAAAGUUCCUGAUCUAAGUCAUGAGGAAACGGUAACGAGGUUGAGAAAUUGGAAUGGAACAACAGGUGCAACUACAGGAUUCAAGUUUGUAAAUAUUUCCAAAGAGAUGAAGGAGUUUCCAACGGUGGAAGUAGAGAUGAAGGAAUGA